AUGAGGACACUGAACACAAGCCUGGUGCUCCUGAAAAGGGCAGGGUGUCUCCCCCAGCAGCAGGUUCCCGGCCCCAGUUCCCGAUCUCCCGGAGCGGAGCGGGCGGGGCGGGGCCGCGGGGCCAGGCGGGCUGGGAUUGGGCGGCGGCGCUCGAGUGCUGAUUGGGCAGCGCUGCCGGCCCGCGGUAUAAAGGGCCGGCGGGGCGGGUGCGGGCGGUUGUGUGUGAGGGCUGAGGGUGCGGCCCCGCUGCUGCCCGGGCUGCGGAGGGGAGAGCGCCUUGGCCGCUGGCCUGGCUCGUGGUUUCCCCUGGUGCUGGGGAGUGGAGGCGAGUUGUGCUUCCUGCCGGGAGAGAGAAGGGCCUUGGGAAGCUGCUCCAUGAGCCACAGCUGUGCCGAGCCCGGCAGUCUGUCCAGCACCCUUUCUGCUGUUGGGAGAGCACGCGGUGGAUGGAGAGGAUCCCCAGGCAUCUGCAGGCACAAGGGACUCAUACAACUGCGAUUUUCCUCCAGCCCUCGUGAAAGGGACUUCCAGGAUACUCUUGGGAAUGUACCAGCUCUCCUGCUGGAGCUUUUCUAUGGAAUAUUUGAACACAAAGAGGAAUAACUCCUGUCAGCAGCAAGGCCCCGACUGAAGUGGCAGCUGCAGUUGUUCCUGUGGUGUGGGCCAGUGGAACUGCAGGAGAGUGGAAGAGGGCAGAACCUGUAGGUAUUACCCCUACUGUGGGAUCUCUCCUGGUAAGGCCAAGCCAGUAUCCUUUAAAAUCAGAAUGCCAGACUGGAUUGGUUGCAGGAACAGCUGAAUUUGCUCCUCAUAGUUUGCUUGUAGAAGGUGAAUGCAAGAACCUGCCUAGAAAAGCAAUGGCCAAGGGGAUUGAUUAGUGCAGGACCUGAGAGAACCCCCUGAAAUGACAACCUGGAGUAGUUUGCAGUAUUAGAUUGCAAAGAUGGCCUUUGCUGCAUCUCCUUGAGCAAGGAAAGCCAAGAAAGCUUUGCUUUUGCAGGAGAAAAUGGGGCGAGCGGGCAGGAAGAAGAGAAGCCCCCUGACUCCUCCCUGAGCCCCAGACAGCCCAUGAACUGCCUUCCUGGGAAUGGUGGGACGGGCUGGACUCUGGAUUGCUCCCUCGGGAUGUGUG